AUGGCCCUCACUCAGACGGUCACCAUCAUCAACAACUCGGGAAAGAUUAUAAGUACCGGCAAACAACUUGCUGGCAUCUUUAAAGAAGCCAAAGCCUCCUACCAGGAGAAGAAGGCCUCUAUCAAGGCCGACCGCGAGCUGAAGCGCGCCCAAACCUUCGACACAUCCCGCGAUCUCCCUCCCGAGGCUUUUGAGCGCCGUUGUUCCUAUGACGAUGGCCACUCUGUCGCCAGCUCCCGCAGGAGUCACCGCUCCCGGCGGUCUCACUAUCCCGAGCAGGACUAUUAUCCUCCGUCAAGACCGGCCUUGACCGAAAACAACCUCAAGGCUCACUCUGAAGUGUCCAGCGUCACUCCCUCGAGAGCACCCUCGGCUGCAUACCGCUCUCCCUAUGCAGAGACCGCACCCCGUGAUAUGCAGAUGAGCCGCCCGGCCAUGCAACACUACACAGUCGCUCCGGCAUGCAGCGACAGUCUCGCCGAUUCUGCGACCAUUCGCGGCGCCAAUGUUCCCCGCACAAUGUCGGCGCCGGCCGUACCCACUAUCGGAAAGAAGAAGAAGGAAAUCGAUAUGGACCUCGCGUACGGCAACAUCCCUCCGGAUCUGCAGGACCGAACCGAUCUGGACCCCAAGGAGGACAAGGCGAAGGAUCUGAUAGCCCGGGUCGAGGGGCUUCUCGACGAAGCACAUUGCGUGCAGCACACCGCCGCGGCCACCAUCGCCCACCUUCAAGGAAACCCCGAAGCCGCUGCCGCCGUGGCCCUGACGCUCGCCGAACUUUCGACUCUGCUGAAGAGCAUGUCCCCGGCCUUUCUGACCGCCAUCAAGGGAGGGUCUCCGGCCGUAUUCGCACUCCUCGCCUCGCCCCAGUUCCUCAUCGCGGCCGGCGCCGCCGUUGGCAUGACUGUGGUCAUGUUUGGCGGGUGGAAGAUCGUGAAGCAGAUCAAGGAUGCCAAGGCUCAACAAGCGGCCGCCAUGAACAACGCCAUCGCCAUGGAGGCACAGCCGGCGCCUGCCGUGCAGCCGCCCGUCGAGUACACGUACGACCCGUACGAUCAGUUCGACCCGUAUGGACAGCAACCUCGCGAGGGCAGCGUCACGUACGACGAGGCCGUGGUCCUGGAUGAGCGCUUGGAAGAGGAGCUCAGCUCCAUCGAGACUUGGCGCCGCGGCAUCGCGCCCAUGGGUGAGGAUGAGAGUGUCGACAUGGAGCUCAUCAGCCCCGAGGCCGCCCGCUCCAUCCGUGGCGACCCGGAUACCCGUACGGAGCGCAGCUUCCGCACGACGCGCAGCUCCAAGACGCACCGCAGCUCCAGGACCGAGAGGACGCACCACUCUUCCAAGUCACACCGCAGCAGCGCUAGCGUGCGUGAACCGGACGUCCCGGAGCGCAAGAGCAGUGUCGCGAGAUCUGAGCGAGGCGCCGACACGGAGAGCAUCGCCAGCAGCCACCGAAGCCACCGCAGCUCGGCCUCCAAGAGGACGGGUCGGGUGUCGAUGCUGACGAUUGAGGAGGGCAAGAGCGAGAAGGAUGCUGAGGUGAUCGACAUUGCGACUCGACCCAAGAAGAACAACAUGCUCAAGUCAUUGUUCAAGAAGAAGGAGAGAGAGCACAGGGACAGGGACGAAAGGGUCUCCGCCCUCGUGUUCUAA